ACUGGCAGCACAUAUCACCGGCGACGUGGCGGCUCAGGGGCCGCCGCCGGUCUGCUGAAAAUCCCCCAGCUACUCACCGAGAUUCAAACCUCCUCAGUCCGUAAGCGAAUACCUGGAAAAAUCCAUUUCGUCCCCUUUCGAAAGCCUGUGCGGCCAGCGCUGGCGCAACGAUGCCGCUGGACCAAGGCUGAUCGUGUUGCCAAGCAGAGUACUAUUUUAAGCAAACUGUGCAGGAUGAUGGAAGACUUCAGAAAUAUUGCUGAUGAGACAUUUCCAAGUUUCCUGGGCCAUUCAUUGAGUAGCAGUGCAAGUGUUGUUUUUGAAAAUGUUACUGUGUCUUCAAACCUUGGCUUACCUGUUGCAGCUUCAACUGUUGCUAGGAGUAAAUCGGGCUGUGAAAACAGGGUUUCUGAUAUCUGUGCAUCCUAUUUGGAAGGGAAACGUUCACCUUCAUCUUCAGGAUCUUCACACAGUAUUCAAUCAGAUCCUGAGCACAUGGGGAAAUUUGCCCUCAGCUUCCAUGAUGGCGUGGAGGUUGCUACACAAGUCAAAGAACCUCAGGCAACUUCUGCUAGUUUGAAAGAAUCCCACUCAGUAUAUGAAGAGCAAGAUCAGAAUCUCAUGGAGCAUUCAAAUUGCAGUCAAGAUACCUUGCUUGAGGUAUUGCCACUUGAAGGAUUGGAAGAUUUGUCAACUGGAAAGUGUUUUCUUCCCGAUAGGAAGAAUAACAAGGUUGGUCCACCUGAACCUUCUGAAAAGCUAAUAGAAGGUGAAAUCUCAAGUGAUCAUCUUAGCAAUAGCCUGUCAAGUUUUUUGGAAAAUGAGAAACUCUUAUCUCUUCAAAGCUCAGAAGAAGAUUCCACUGAUGAUGACAUUGAUGAUGAAGAGUUCUUUGAUAAUCAGCUAGAAGCCUACUUUGAGCAACUGGUACAACCAGAAAUGACAAGAGGAGACACCAACACCCAGAAACUGUCAGAAUGCUGUACAGCACUGAAGCUUUCUGAAAAUGGCUUACUUCAAGAGAAUUUUCAGGUGCCCGACACUUACAAGACUGUGACAGGAAUAGACUCUGGAAAUGCUAGUGAUGAAGAUUCACAAAAUCAAGGGAUGACUGGGUGUCCUGUGCAGAGAGAAAUGCUGUCCAAAGCAGUACAGCAACUGAAUUCCAAGACUACUGGAGACGUGCUGGAUUCCUGCGCUGCUGCUGAGUUGCAGAUAGAUUCAUUGUAUCUUCAGUGCAUGGACAGCCAUAAAGCUGAUGUCCUGGAUGUCCUUCCAAAGCAAGAUGUACAGUCCUCUGAGUGUCAGGCUGCUGCUUGUGAUGCAGAAGUAUUACACACAACAAGAGGAUUUUCAGGGCACUACACCACUCCUAAAAUUGUUCUUAGUGCAAAUGCACCUCAGACAGAUAAAACCGAACAAGAAGUCAGUCUUCCUGAUACUUACCUGUCUCCAACUGCAGACAGCUGUGAGAACAUAAGUUUAGUUACAAGCGACAAAGGUGAUUUACCACACAGCAUUGUCUAUCAAAAUGAAGACGGCAAAUGGGUGACUGAUCUUGCAUACUAUACACCAUUUGAUGAAGAACAAGACUUAAAUCCAUCUGAACAUGAUGAUAAAAUAAAUGAGGAGUUCAUUACUGGGUCUGAAGCAGCAGCUAUGAUUGCCCAAGACCAGGAAGAAUUUGAGAAAGCACACAGACUUGUGCAGGCAGGAAAAGGAGACAUUGUAAAUGAAUUAGCAGAUACUUCAUGGAAAUCUGCCAAUAGCUGCAUUCUGCAGAGAACAUCUGAUCUUCAUAAAGAUGCCAGUUACUUACGUUUGUCUUUAGGGGAGUUCUUUGGUCAGAGAUCUGAAGCUCUUGGUUGUCUUGGUGGAGGCAGUGACGUGAAACGGCCAUCUUUUGGUUAUUAUAUUACAUCUCCAAAGAACAGGCAACCUGUUGCUUUGAUAACGCCAUCUGAUUCAUCAAGAGGUGACGCUGGCCAAGAGAUUUCACAGUUGUCUGAGGUCUUUGCAGAUGACUUAGAAGCACAAACAAAAGAACAUGCGAAUUCUACCAGCUGUGAAGGUGCACAGCAUAGGAUGGAUACUGUAUCUGGAGUACAUAAAAGCAUUAAUACAGCAGCUACUACUGAAAGUAAAGCAAAGGAUGGAGUUCAUAAAGACAAGUUUGAAGGCGGCUUAUCCAAUCAAUCUGACUCUGUCCUGAGUAUUAGCACGAUUGCAUCUGCUAUUGCUAAUGCUUCCUCCAGUGCUGAUCCUUCCCAGCUAGCAGCUAUGAUGAUGACACUCUUUAAUAAAAAUAAAAGAUUGUGUUCCCUUCCUGGAAUUGUUAAAGACAUGGAACUCUCUGCCAAUCAGGUGUUAUCCAGCUAUGUGGAAAAUAGUGCAUUUGAUAUGGAAAAGUACCUCAAAAAAACAGAUGAGAUAGGACAUGAAAGUGAAUGUGAGAGUAUUGUGAAACAUGAAGCAUCUGUCCAGAACCUUAUGCCUGAUACCUUGGGUAAAGAUAAAAAUAAGGUUUCUCUUGUAGAAGACUUGGUAAAUAAUCAUAGCAAGGAACAAGAAGUAGAGAAGCAACUUCUGGGUUAUUUAAAUGAAGAAAAUGAUAUUCAUAAUUUCUCUAGUCUGUCUGGUGUUGCCAACCAUAAAGACAUGACCACAAAUAGAGUUAAAUAUUCAGAAAAGUUGUCAGAUUUAGUAAAUAGUAAACACUUCCAGUCAGUGAAUGCUGAUGUUGGAUCAGAUAUGCACAAUAUCCAAGUCUCACCUGCUUGUAAGGAAGCACAGAUAUGUGGAAUUCCUUUAGCAGCAGAAAUUGAAAUGGCACAGAGAAGUCCUCUUGCCUAUCAGACAAAUGAUCUCACUAGUAGGAGUUGUGUCAACAAAGACAUGGAAACAAUAGAUCAAGCUACAAAUGCUGUUCCUGAACCAUUUAAUGAAUUAUUGGAAAGAAGUAGAAGAAACCCACUGUCAUUCAGCAACUUAAAACCUGGUAAGCAAUCUAGUAAAUAUGCCUUCAUAAGUCCUACAAAAGCAAAGCCUAUGCAGGAACUGAAAAAUGAUGAAAUGGAGCAAAAUGAAAAACUAGAGAAGAGAAACAAAGACGCCAUUACUGCUUGUGUUGGGAGUGCAAAACAUGUGACUUUUGAGACCAUCUCUCCAACUUCUCAGAAUAGUACUGAGCAUAAACCCAUUCUACCUGAAGGUGACUUGCAGCCUCUGGAGGAUGAGCAGUAUAGCUUCAGACCUUCAACUUCACCACUAAUCCAUUCUUCUCCUAGUGAGACAUCUGGAACAGCAUUUUCAGGGCCUGAAACUGACUUUACUAGCAUGUCACAUGACCAAGAAUCUUCUUGCAAAGAUAGCACACAACUUCAAUCAGUUUACUCAAGUCCUAGCAUGAGCAGAUUAACAUAUAUCUCUGCAUCUGAUGAUACCCUUAAGAAUACAGCUGUAAUACACAAUCCAGAGACAUACUGGGAUGAAAAUGACAGUGAACUAAGCACAACCAUAAUUCAAGCCAGCCCAACUCCUUCACAAGAACAUAAAAAUAAAAAUCCAGAAGACCAUUCUGGUCAAAGAAAUAGAAAAGAAGCAUUGCUUAGUAUUGACCAGAAAUCAGAAGAAAAUGAACCUGCAGGUCUUCCAAGAAAACCUGGUGAUGUACUGGGGCAAGAACUGUCCAAAGAAAGUUUUCCAAAGACUGAAAAGCAGCUCGCAACUAUUCCUUCAAAUGUAGCAGCAAAUCAUAAAGAGCUGGACCAUGUUGAAUCAGCUUUACCAAGUAAAUUCUGUGUCCUUCAGCCACUUUCUGUUAAUGUUGAUGCACAAGAAGUGUGGCAGGAUCAAACAAGCAAAACACAGAGAGAAGGAUUACAAUCCUUACCUGUAUACCCUGAAGUAAGCACUUACAUGCCAUUCAGUCAAAACUCCUCUGGUGAACAGUGUGUUCCUAUUUCAAGCUUUAAAUCCCAUGUCACUGCAUCUGAGAGUCAAGCACUUUCUUCUUCUGUUCCCACAUUGCAUACAGGACAUUCUAUUGCAAUGACUCCAUUUGCACAACAGCACCUGGGAAAUAUACCAUCUACUAGAAAUCCAGUUUUGUCUCAGUUUCAUAGCUGCAACUCUGCAGGUUUUUGUCUUCCAGCUGGCCUUCCUUAUUCCGGUGUCUCAACAGGACAUGUUGAGAAUCCACUUACUGUAGGAAUUCCUUUAGGUCCAAACACUGGCCCUAGUUCUUUGGGUGCAGCUCCACUUUGUAAUCUGCAUUCUACCUUCUGGAACAAGAAUAUCUUGAAUGCCAAGUCAUGUACAGGCCAACCUCUUGGAACUGGUAGAAGUGAGUGGGAAUUGUCAAAGUCACCUGGUAUUGGACAUGUAAAAGUACCAGAAGAAUUGAAGUUCCCUAAUGCCUGUUGCGUGGGAAUUGCAUCACAGACAGUUCUUCACAUUUUUAAUCCAACUGAUCGGUGGUUGCAGGUCAGCAUUGGAAUACUGAGUAUUUCAGUUAAUGGGGAAAAGAUGGAUCCCAUGCAAUAUCAAUGUCUGGUUUUCAAGAACAAAACCAUUGUUGGACCCUAUUCUACCAAUGAUCUGAAAAUCCUUUUCUUACCUUGUCAUUCGGGGAUCUUUCAGUGUAUUCUCAAUGUUUCAUCUUGGCCAGUUUCUGCGGAUGCCGAGACUAUCAUUCAGGCAGAAGCUUUGGCAAGUAGGGUUGUUCUGACAGCUGUCGCUGAACACCCUAACUUAGAAGUGGAUAUAGGAAAAAGAGAUUGUCUCGAUUUUGGUGACUUGACUUCUGGCAGUUGGAAGGCUCUUCCACUAAAACUUAUCAACAAGACCCAUGCUUUUGUGCCAAUUAGACUUAUUAUUAAUGCUAAUGCAGUAGCUUGGCGUUGCUUCACAUUUUCCAAGGAACCAGUUAGUCUUUCUAAUGAACAGUCGCUCCAAAUGGAUGCAGUUUCUCAGAUAGAUGCUCCAUCAGUUGUUAAUCAUGUGAUACAUGCAAGCUAUGAUGGACAAGAUCCUGAGGCUUUAACAGUUUGGAUUCUGUUCCAUGCACCUAAGAAACAGAUUUCUUCUUCAGAUUGCUUAGGCCCAGCGGAUGAAUUCUUGGCAAGAGUUGAUGUGGAAGUGGAUAGCCCAGGACCUAGCAGUGUGAUUAAAAGUAUUCCUCUCCGAGCAAGAGCUGGAACAGCGAGGAUACAUGCUCCAAAGAACUUGCAGACAAUGCACCUAUCUACUAGUGUGGGUUCAACAGCCAAACAGCAGCUGCCAUUGAAAAAUGCUGGAAACAUUGGUGUAUGUUUGAAAUUUAAGACAUCAGAUCAGGAUAGCUGCUUUGCUGUUGAACCCGAGAGUCUUUUCCUUCAUCCUGGAGAAGAACAAGAAGUGACUGUCCUGUUUUUUCCAAAAAACAUAAAGAGUACAGAAAGUACCUUGAAAAUCCUUGUGCUGCCAUCUGGACCUCAGUACGAAGUGAUGAUAAAAGGUGAGGUGGAGUCUGAGGACAAUAGACGUGUGUGUGCAGCUGCUGGCCACUCAGACGUCCCACCGAUUCUUUCCAGCAAGCAGUCUGUUUCUUGGGGAGGAGUAACACUUGGGGCAUCAGUCCGUCAGAAGUUAACUCUGAGAAAUGAUUCAUCAUCUGUGACCCAGCACUUAAGACUGUUGGUAAGAGGCCCGGAUCAAGACUGCUUUCAGCUGCAAAGUAUAUUUGGAUCAGAAGAACGCUUAACUAGUAACUGGGAACUCAAAAUCCGUCCCAAAGAAGAUACUAACAUAUACUUGAUAUUUACACCUACUCGAAUAACUCACUUCUUUGCAAAGCUGGAAAUCAAACAUCUCGGAGUUCGAUCAUGGUCAGGAUUUAAGUUUACUAUACCAUUAUCUGGAUAUGGAGGAACAAGCAAUAUAACUUUAGAAAAUGUUAAAAAACUGUCAGAUAGUUACAUGGUGACACUGGACGGAUUAUUACCUGCCAGAUUGAAGAAAGCUUCUUUCCACAUCAGAAAUACAGGUUCUCGGGCUGCCUAUGUUAAAGCGCUGUGCUUUGCAAACCUGCAGGCAAAAACAGUUAUGGAUCCUCAGGUAAUGACGGUAUCUCCAGAGAAGUUUGUACUAAGAGAAGGAACACAUGAAGUGAUUACUAUAACAUGGAUUCCAAUGGAAAAGGACUUCCAUAAACCAAACACCUUGAUGUCGACAGUAUGUUUUUUUUGUGGAGAUGAAGUUUCUAGGCAGCAGUAUCGUAGAGCUAUGAUGUGUAAACCUGAGGCAGAAAAAAAGAUUAUCCCCAAAAAUAGCUUAUUGAGAAAUGUUGCAUUUGACGAAGAAUUUCAAGGGGAGCAGCUUGUGACAGAAGUAUGUGAUAUCCCACGAGGGAAAAAUGAUAUCUAUCUUUUCUACGCUAAUAUGCGAAAGAUUAUCCUUUAUGUGUUUGGAUAUUCCACUUCUGAUCAGGAUGGAUUUCAGCAGUCUCCUGGAUGUCACUGGGAGUCAGACAGAUUUGGUAACUUGGUUGAACGUGUCAAUGCAAUUUUGGAUAUUCUUCCUGUUAAAGGACCUCAGGGUCCUUCAUUACCUGUAAGAACUGAUGAUCUGGAUCAGAAUAAAUCAGACACUGAAGAGACUUGGACUGUUAAACCUGAGUGUUUGACUUUGACAUCUCCUUCUAUUAGCAGAACAGCGGAUACUGGACAUGUACAAAUUGUCAACAAUUCUAACAGAAUGUUGGCAUUUGAGCUUUCAUGGCCAACUCAUUACCUUACUAUAACCCCACAACGUGGAGUUACUGAACCAAAGAGUAGUACACAAAUUCUGGUGAGUCCUAAUCCAUCACUUGCCACAAAGCCUUCAUUAAUUCCUUGGAGUGGCCUAAUCUAUGUCCAUUGUGAUAGUGAACAAAAGUUUAUUAAAGUGCAGAUUCAAGAGGUGAUUGCACAGAAAGUGUCUGGAGCAGACUUUCCAUCUAGAAAACGUGGUAUAUUUACUCGACACUCUGAAGGUACUGCUGCUGUUCAUGUGGCAAAGCCUCAUUUAGUGCUCCCUCUAACAAAAAUGGAAAUAAAGAAGACAAACAUUGUUUUUCCUAAAACAAGACCUGGCCAAAGUUCAGAGAGUUACCUGGAAAUGGAGAAUAAAGGGGAUGAAAAUGUGAAGUGGUGUUUGUCAUCUUUUGCACCACCCUAUGUUAAAGAUGUGGAUGAAACUGGUGACGUUUGUAGGGUUACUUACUCUGCUUUCAUGUGUUCCCGUGUUUCUGGUACUCUUGAAGCUCACAGAGAAGAUAAGGUUGCCAUAACCUUUUUACCUAGAGAUCAAGGGGAUUAUUCCCAGUUCUGGGACCUUGAGUGCCACCCAGUUGAAAAACCUAGUUGCAAACACAAAUUAAGAUUUCAGCUUUCUGGAGCAGGUGCUAAAACAGAGAAUGGAAGUUCAAUUGUGAAAGCUUUUGCAAGUGUUCUCGCAAAAACUGAGCUUCCAGUUAUACCAGAAAUGGACCUUUAUUCUGAAGCACCUACAGUUCAAGCAGGACAAAAUGAGAUAUUUCGAGGGGUAUAUGCACCACAAGACCUGUACACUUUUCCCACAACCAGAGUUGGGGAGUCGUGCACGUUAAAAGUCAACUUGCGGAAUAAUUCUUUUACAACACAUGUGCUGAAAUUUUUAAGUCCCAGAGAGCCUUUCUACAUCAAGCACUCAACAUACUCUCUAAGGUCCCAUCAUUACAUCAACGUGCCAGUCCAGUUCAAGCCAAAGGCUGAAGGAAAAUUUGAAGGUCUCUUUGUUGUGACAACAACCAAAUAUGGCCCUGUUAAUGUUCGACUGUGUGGUAAAGCUAUUGCAAAAAAAUAGAACAGUUUAAUGACUGUUUAUAAUAGCUUAUAACAGUUUAUGCCAUUGAAAAUAUUUGAAGAUUUCCAUAUUAAUGUCCUGCUUCUUUUGCCCUCUGAUGCUGCGUUGAUGGAAAGUUUUCUGUAAGAUGAAUUACGGUGCUUGUUGUACAAAUCUGUUUUCAUAGUAAAAACACUGAGAAGUAACAUUGUAUGUUUUAAAGUUAUCGUGUUCUAAUUUAUGUUUCUGCACUUUUAUUGAAAUGGAAUUUUUCUAUUUUUGCA